AUGUCCACCAUCGACCUCGGGCCACUGGCCUCCUUCUCACACAGUCGCUACACAGUCAUUCUGUCAAAUGGCAAGCGGUUAGUUCUGUUUCGUCUGCCAAAGAUUGAGCCGUCCAAGUCUCCAUUUCUGGCCCCCAAUGAGACUGAGGAUGGCUGGACGUACUUUGCCAUGGAGGCCGAGUGUCCCCAUGCGGGUGGGCCCAUGGCAGACGCUCAUGUCGACAUUGAAGAUUCCGCCUACAUUGCUUCCUGCCCUUGGCAUGCCUACGACUUCAACGUGGAGACUGGCGAGUCCAGUUAUGGUAUCAAGGCAUGCACAUUUCCUGUCAUCGUCUCCGACGGGAAGGUCACUUUGCAAAUCAUGCACGAGAAGAGCCUGAGUCUCUCGCGGAUGGAUCCAGUGAGCGAAAAGGUCAAGUUCAAGCACGCGCCGAGGUCAUCAGCCUCAGACGCGCCCGUGUACCUCGGUGACGAUGCUACCCUGUGCGAGUGGUGUUGCCAUAUCUUGAAUACGUCGAAUCCCGAACACAAGAUUGAGCUGACUACGCGCUUGUUUUCCAUAUUCGCCACCAGAGAGCAAACAUCAUCGCCCAUGGAGCUCGGGGCUGGCUCCGUGGCUCCGCCUGACAAGCCACGACGGGACGAACAGACAAAAGUCGCUCCGGGAGCUAUGCCGAGAGCUGGAAGAGGAGGCCACCUGAAGAGCAGGAUAAUGAUGCUGCACAAUCUGGCCAACAUCGAGCAGUGGGCCAUUGACCUUGCCAUCGACAUUUGUGUCAGGUUCGCCACAUUCCAGACCAUGGCCCCUGAGCAGAGCUUAUCGCGUGAAUUACCUCGCACGUUCUACUACGACUGGCUCAAGGUGGCCAAUGAUGAAGCCAAGCACUUCAGCCUGCUGCGUGCUCGUCUUGAGGAGUUGGGCAGUCACUUCGGUGCACUUCCUGUCCAUCAUGGCCUGUGGGAUUCGGCCCUCAUGACGGCACAUGAUCUAAGGGCCCGCAUCAGCGUUAUUGCCCUUGUCCACGAAGCUCGCGGGCUUGACGUCAACCCUAUAACAAUCGAGAAGUUCCGAAAGGCUGGCGAUAUGGACAGUGUUGACACGCUGGACAUUAUCCACAAUGAUGAGAUUACACACGUCACCACGGGUCACCGCUGGUUGAGCUGGAUAUGCGAGCAAGAGGCCACCGACCCGGUCGAGAUCUUUAGGAGCAACGUCAAGAAAUACUUCUGGGGCGCCGUCAAGGGCCCUUUCAACGCUGAAGCCAGGUUGCAAGCGGGUAUGGAUGCAAGAUAUUACGAAGAUCUAGGUGGUGCGGAUUGGAAAGGGGAAAUCAUUGCUGGUGGCUGA